AUGGGCAAAUCCAAUCUUAACCUUUCCAGUCGCAAGUCUUCCCUUUUCUUUCAACAAAACCCCCCUCAACCUGACGUCUACUAUGUAGGGGUAGAUGUGGGAACCGGUUCGGCUCGGGCUUGUGUGAUUGAUACCAACGGAAUUAUCCUCGGAUUAAGUGAACGGCCGAUUACUAGACACGAGUUAAAGCCUAAUUAUAUCACUCAGAACAGUACAGAGAUCUGGAAUGCCAUUUGUUUCUGUGUCAAAAGAGCAAUUCUGGAAUCGGGGGUGGACCCAGCUGAUAUCUUUGGAAUUGGAUUUGAUGCUACUUGUUCUUUAGUGGUGCUUAGAGAAUCUACUGACGAGCCGGUCGGUGUGGGACCAGACUUUACCGAUAACCAUGAAAACAUUAUCUUGUGGAUGGACCAUCGUGCCGUGGACGAAACUAACACCAUCAAUGCUACCGGUGACAAGUGCUUAAAGUACGUUGGUGGACAAAUGUCCAUUGAAAUGGAACUUCCUAAGAUGAAGUGGCUCAAACACAAUCUUCCCGGUGGAAUUGACGACUGCAAGUUCUACGAUUUGGCGGACUUUUUGACCCAUAGAGCCACUGGCUCCGAAGCUCGUUCGUUCUGUUCCACCGUCUGCAAACAGGGUUUUGUUCCGCUCGGAGUAGAUGGGUCCGAAACCGGGUGGUCCAAGGAGUUCUUGGAGCUGCUUGACCUUCCAGAAUUGGUCGAGGACAACUUUAGAAGACUCGGAGGCUCUCCGGCUUCUGGCGCUACUUGGUUGAGUGCCGGAGACAUUGUCGGCAAGUUGAACUCUCAAGCUGCUGACGAAUUGGGAUUGACCACCGAAUGUAUCGUUGGAAGCGGUGUAAUCGAUGCUUAUGCUGGUUGGAUCGGAACCGUUGCUGCCAAAGCUGAUAUUCCUUCUUUGUCCGAUUCUAAAGAAGAAGGCAUUGCCAUUUCUUGUGGCCGUCUAGCAGCCGUGGCAGGUACUUCUACAUGUCACAUUGCCAUGACCAAGGAACCUUGUUUUGUCAACGGUGUUUGGGGCCCAUAUAAAGAUGUCAUGGCUCCCGGCUACUGGUGUGCGGAAGGUGGUCAAUCGUGCACUGGUGCGUUGUUGGCUCAUGUGUUGGCGAUCCACCCAGCUACCACCGAGUUAUCCAGAUUGUCGGAAGCUUCAAAUCUCUCAAAAUUUGACUACCUCAACUUGACUUUGGAGACGAUGGUUUCUGAGACCAAAAGCAGAUCGGUGGUCAGUUUGGCCAAACAUAUGUUCUUUUACGGAGACUUCCAUGGCAACAGAUCGCCCGUGGCAGAUCCCAGAAUGAAGGCAUCUAUCAUUGGACAAUCAAUGGACACUUCUGUCCAAGAUCUUGCUAUCCAGUACUUUGGAGCUUGUGAGUUUAUUGCCCAGCAAACCAGGCAAAUUAUCGAAGAAAUGGAGAAUAGUGGCCACAAGAUCGACUGUGUGUUCAUGAGCGGUGGUCAGUGUAGAAACGGAUUGUUGAUGCGGUUGUUGGCUGAUUGCACAGGAUUGCCCAUUGUGAUUCCAAGAUACAUCGAUGCCGCUGUUGUGUUUGGAUCGGCGUUGUUAGGUGCUGUUGCUUCAGAAGACGCAGUGUUGGAGCAUAUUCACGACAGGAAGAGAUCCAGAAGAUCGUCUAUUCUUUCGAACCAAAAGUCGCAGUCCAACUUGACCAACAUCGACGGUCCUCAUUCUCCUUACACUGCACCAACAGCCACGGCUUCAAGCACUAACAUGACAGCGUUGGCCUACGCCAGCACACAGAGUGGAAGCCACCAUCAAUUCCCCACAAUGACACCAAUGGCUGAAGAAACCGACUACUUCAACCAGGCUACUCAAUCUAAGAAAGAAGAGGAAUCCGAUUCUGACGAUGAGCAAACACUUUCUUUCGGUUCGAAGCAGAAUGUUCAACAGGGAUUGUCUCAGAAAUUAGAAAGAAUGGGAAUUAAACCAUUGUCAGCCGCCGACAAAAAGGACAAAAAAGAUGGUAAGCCUGGAGACAAAUUAUGGAAAAUUAUGGAGCGUAUGACUGGUCCAGGUAGAGUUAUUACACCUUCUAGUCCUACCCAUCCUGAUAGAAAAUUAUUGGCUGCGAAGUACAAGAUUUUCUUGGAACAAUGCAAGACUCAAAGAACCUACAGAGAUAUGGUAGACGAGGUGGAGAAGGAAAAUUUGGCUGCAAAGUAA